CUCAUCUUUCUAACAUAGGCCAUCCAGAGCCGACCUCGAGUACUCCCUCUACCUCGAUAUGCCCACUCGCUUCGCAGUUCAAGACGUCGAACGGGUCAUUGCAGGCAACGGCAUCGUUUUGUCACUCCCAGACGACCUCUCGACACUUUCUGAAAGCCUAGUACCGUCUUCUCUCGUGGUAUACCCUGCUCUGGUCGCCUUGCUCCGACAAGCAACCCAUAUCUCUCGCUUGCUAAACGGCGCUUCUCGAGGGACCCACCAAAAGCUGAACAGCCUUCAAGUACACGGCACAUUCGUCCUGCUCGGGUACCGGCUGCAGGCGCUGUUGCCACUGCUCCGAGCACGAAACCGGUGGAACACGGCGCAACUCCUGCCUGCGACUCUCACCACUGGUUACUGCACGGACGGGCCGGCGGCGGCGGAGGAAGCGAUAUAUCUCGGUCUCACGGCGUUCAUCGUCAGCGUUCUAAGAGGAGGCGGGUGCGGGAAGAUGAACAGCGGGCCUUUGAGCUGGGUUUGUGAUGCGGCUCGCUCUGUGGGCAGAAUGAGUAUUAUGCGUAAUAGCUGGGAGUGGGAAUCGGUGUUGUGGAUGACUUUUGUUGGCGUUGCUGCCCUGGUGUACCACGAAAGUGACAUCGAAGAGUGGGCUGUUACGAAGGCGGCAGAAUGUGUGGCGGCUCUGGGCCUGGUGGCUUGGGAGGAUGCGGUGAAUGUGUUGGGAAGGUGGCCGUGGAUUGACGCGUUGCACGGGAAGAGGGGGCUGGGUUUGUGGGAGAGGUGUAGCGCAUUGAGUUUACAUUCGGUCCCGGUGGUCUGAUAGUAGUGUCCAUCUGAGAUGCCGAUUACUGUUGGA